CCACUACAUCCACUCCAUCAAGCGUAUCACGGAGGGCUUUGAGGGACUGGGGAGGGUGUUCUUCGGUUCGGACUCCACCGGGGGUUUGGGGUUCGGGAUGAAGGUCAGUGACACCACCUUCGACGGCGUCCAGGUGCGCGUGUACGAGCCCCCCGCCGGAGGUGAGGAGCUGAGGAGGGCGGUGCUGUUCUUCCACGGCGGGGGGCUGGGCCCUGGGCAGCGCCAAAAAGGGUCAUAUGACACCAUGACUCGGAUAAUGUCUGAUGAGCUGAACGCUGUGGUGGUCUCUGUUGAGUAUCGUCUGUAUCCAGACGUGCAUUUUCCUACGCCGUAUUUGGACUGCCUCUCUGCUGCCAAGUACUUCCUGUCCCCUGUGGUUUUGACCCGCUACUCGGUGGACCCCCAGCGCGUGGCCGUGUCAGGAGACAGCGCCGGGGGGAAUCUGGCUGCCGCGGUCGCUCAGCAGAUCGCCACGGACGACAGCGUGAGUGUGAAGUUCAGCGUCCAGGCGCUGAUCUACCCGGUGCUCCAGGCUCUUGACUUCCACACCCCUUCCUACCAGCAGAACUACGCCGUGCCCAUCCUCUACCGCUCCCUCAUGGUCAAGUUCUGGCUCCAGUACUUCAGCGCCGACCCGUCCCUGUUGCCCGUGCUGUUGGCCAACAACCACAGCUCCCCGCAGCAGUCCGCCAUCACCCCCGAGCUCUGGGCGCGGUUGGACUGGACCACCCUGCUCGCCCCGAAACACAGGAAGAACUACGAACCGGUGGUCGUGGAGACGGCGUCGCGGGGCGUGUUGAAGGAGGUGCCGGAGCUGCUGGACGUGCGGGCCUCGCCGCUGUUGGCGGGGGCGGAGAAUCUGGGCAAAUGCCCGCGGGCGUACAUCCUGACGUGCGAGUACGACGUGCUGAGGGACGACGGCCUGAUGUACGGCCGGCGCUUACGGGACGCCGGCGUGACGGUCACCAGCGACCACUACGAGGACGGGUUCCACGGAUGCUUGACCUUAUCGUUCUGGCCCAUGUACUUUGAUGUGGGCGAGAGGGCACGGAGGGGCUACAUCAACUGGCUGAAGGAAAAUUUGUGAAGGGGCGUGUGUGUGUGUGUGUGUGUGUGUGUGUGUGGUAAAAUGUACAAUUGAAGUUCAAGGCUCGUAUGACGAUACACGCAAGGCAUCAGGGCCACUCGCAUGGUUUACAGCUCUAACACACACGUGCAAGUCUCCUCUUUACGCCUAUCCGCAUGGCAAAGCCUUUACUUUUCAUCCGUGAGGAGUCGCCACACGGUCAACAACAUGGAAACAUGUAAAGACAGUUUAUAACAAGAGCUUAAGAUGUGUGCCCCGUUAGCUUGUUCUGUGUCGUCGUUUCCGGGUAGCCUCGCCUCUUCCGGUUUCCGCCGGAACGCAGAUGGAGGAUCAGUCUCGCGGUAAACGCGCAGAGCGAAUCCUCGCCGUGAUCUACGGGGCAGACCGGAGCUCCCAUUGCACAACACUUGACAAAUACGAUUUCUACUGUUCACUGGCGUCUUUUCUCACGCACCUCCUUCAGCAGCCCCUGGGAGCUCUCCCACGACGAGUCCACCGGAUAGACUGCAUGCUCGUGGAGCUAUUAAAACACACACACGCGCACACGAGUCGAUCUGGGUGUUUGUCAGGGUACACUGGGUCCAUCCCAUCAAUGCAGCAGAAAGUUUACGAGAGGCCUAAAGGUAUUAUUCGCUGUCUUAAUUGUCAUUAAAAGCAGAUGUAUUUUCAUUGUGUGUCCAGCCUUUGCAAGACUUGUAACAACACACGUCAAGCAACUGAACUCUUUAACGCCGAGCCGAGCGCGUAGUUGACCGAAGCUUCGGUAGUGCAAGUCACUCACACAGCCAGCUGCAGUCUCCUGUGAACCGCUGGAAACGCCGUCCAUCUGCGUCCGUUCAUAUUCCACUAAGGGGGGAGCCGUGCCAGCGUCUCUAUUUCACAUCCACACCCUCUCGCCGGGUAGAGAACGUCAGCAGCAUUUUUUUUAUCGUCCACCUUAGCAGCACAUUUCAACAAAAAAGAAAUUUUUUUUUUUAUUUUGGUGUGUUUCGAAUCAAAUUUACAUUAUUGACUGGAGCUGUUAUACAAUGCACCCCACUGGCAAAGCAGCGGGGGUCUGCAAUGUUUCACUUUGAGUUUUAUGUUGUAUUUUACGUCUUAAAUUUCCCUCGUGGGGAGCUACAGUACAUAGCCAACAAAUCAGCGGCACACGUCAGACGUAUUUCACCCUGUUUUGAGGCCGCGUUUCUGAGUGGAGGUGUUACGCCUACAGCGGUGCCCACAUAUAAGGACUGUUUUAAAUGUGUGGGUGUUGUAGUGCCCCGGAUCCAAGCAGCACACCCACUGGGGGAUGUGGAAGGUGUUUUAUGUAAUACACAUCAGCAGUGCUGAAUUUUUCCCUGUCCCGAAAAGAAUGGUGUGCAAACCGGACCGAGGCUAGAUUGCCUUUGAAAACACCUUUGCACAGUUUAUUUUGGCCUACUUAGGUGCCAGAUGGGCUCAUUGUGCGGGACAAAAGAUUGGGUGCCGCAAGUUCUGGACAAUCACAGGAAAGGACUUGAAAGUCAAUUCAAGUUUCUUUUUUUUUUGCAUGAUCGAAAAGUCAUGUGGUAGCACUUAGAUUGUCCUCGUGUGAUAAACAUCGGUUUCAACACAAAAGCGACAAGAAUCGCUUGCUAACACUGCGUGAUCUACUUACUUCGUGUCCACUGGGGAUACCGCUAGCGGCCUGUGAAAUGCAAAGUCUACAGUGUCCACAGUCAUUAUGUUUGCACUUGUGAUUUUUUUGUGUGUGGUUAUUUUUAGACAUUAUAUUCUUUCUGCUGCAAGUUAUCUCUUAAGGCGUUCUCAAACUUUCUUAAAAUAGGGGUUUUGUUAGAGAUCCAUCCGUUGCUACGGUGUAUUUUCACUUUCCAUUAAAGCUUAUUAUUGACUUGGAACAAA